AUGGCCGAGCACAACUACCAGUUCAACAUCGCCAUGAGCUGCGGCGGCUGCUCCGGCGCCGUCGACCGCGUGCUGAAGAAGCUCGACGGCGUCAAGUCCUACGAGGUCUCCCUCGAGAACCAGACCGCCUCCGUCAUCGCCGAGCCCGAGCUGUCCUACGAAAAGGUCCUCGCCACCAUUGCCAAGACGGGCAAGAAGGUCAACAGCGGCAGCGCCGACGGCGUCGAGAGGAGCGUCGAGGUGCCGGCGGCCGCUUGA